AUGUUGUAUGUGAGGGCUGUGGGGCCAGUCACUUCAGAUCCGAGUCGAAAGGGGGCAGGAGAACUUUCAACUCACUACCGAGAAGAACUCCGUCGAUCACUAACAGGUCAAGAUGCUGAGGCGAAGGAGUUUUGUGAGCAUAUCCGCAAUUACAACAGUGCUUUUGAAUUUGCAUCCACCGGAGCUCAGCUGGAUAUUCCAGGGCGAGGGCCUUACUGUCUCCGCAUACACAGUCAACUUUACCACAGGAUUGGACCUGCACGCCCAGGAGAAGGUGAGCCGCCGCGAUACGGCCAGGUGUACAUUCUUGACUUAUCAAUGCGGCAGAUGAAGGAGCAGGGAAUCCAGCUAACGUAA